GGCGGCGGCAGCAGCAGGAGCAGCCCCGGCUGCGGGUCGCGACGGCGGCGGGGCGCCCCCUCCCCCGUGCCGGGGCGCGGCGGAGGGAUGUGGGGCUUUGCGGGAGGAAGGCUUUUCGGCAUCUUCUCGGCCCCAGUGCUGGUGGCGGUGGUGUGCUGCGCCCAGAGCGUGAACGAUCCUGGGAACAUGUCCUUUGUGAAGGAGACGGUGGACAAGCUGUUGAAAGGCUACGACAUUCGCCUAAGACCCGACUUCGGGGGUCCCCCGGUCUGCGUGGGGAUGAACAUCGACAUCGCCAGCAUAGACAUGGUUUCCGAAGUCAACAUGGAUUACACCUUGACCAUGUAUUUUCAACAAUACUGGAGAGAUAAAAGGCUCGCCUAUUCUGGGAUCCCUCUCAACCUCACGCUGGACAAUCGAGUGGCUGACCAGCUCUGGGUGCCUGACACAUAUUUCUUAAAUGACAAAAAGUCAUUUGUGCAUGGAGUGACAGUGAAGAACCGCAUGAUCCGCCUCCACCCAGACGGGACAGUGCUCUACGGGCUCAGAAUCACCACGACCGCAGCAUGCAUGAUGGACUUGAGAAGAUACCCUUUGGAUGAGCAGAACUGCACUCUGGAGAUUGAAAGCUAUGGCUACACCACGGAUGACAUUGAAUUUUACUGGCGUGGUGGUGAUAAGGCUGUUACUGGAGUGGAGAGAAUUGAGCUCCCACAGUUCUCCAUCGUGGAGCAUCGUCUGGUCUCCAGGAAUGUUGUCUUUGCCACAGGUGCCUACCCUCGGCUCUCACUGAGCUUUCGGUUGAAGAGAAACAUUGGAUACUUCAUUCUCCAGACCUACAUGCCCUCUAUCCUAAUUACAAUUCUCUCAUGGGUGUCCUUCUGGAUCAAUUAUGAUGCAUCUGCGGCUAGAGUUGCCCUUGGGAUCACCACUGUGCUGACCAUGACGACCAUCAACACACAUCUUCGGGAGACGUUGCCCAAAAUCCCCUAUGUCAAAGCCAUUGACAUGUACCUCAUGGGCUGCUUUGUCUUUGUGUUUCUGGCCCUUCUGGAGUAUGCCUUUGUCAACUACAUUUUCUUUGGAAGAGGCCCUCAAAGGCAGAAGAAGCUUGCGGAAAAGACCGCCAAGGCAAAGAAUGACCGUUCAAAGGGUGACAGCAACCGGGUAGGCCUCUCGGCCUCGGCCGCCCCCACUUUGCCUUUCCCAGAUCCGCAGACCCCGUGGCAUCAUGGCCUUUGA